CGCAUGUGUGUAUUGUUUAAACUGGCCAAAGCAAACGUGCGGUGUGAGCACACAAACUACCACACGGAGACAUGGCGACCGCGGUAUCCGUUAGCUCAGCUGCCAGAGACGAGAAAUCCUUCACUGGUGCCAAUUUUGCAGCGAAUCCACUCUAUAAAAGUUACGAUCAAGCAGCCGAACUCGAAAACUGGGGGUUUGAAACGGGUAAACAAGUCGAUGCGGACACCGGCGAUGAGGGUCCACCGACGGGCAGCGACUGUCCGCGACGGCUCGAUGAUGAACUGACGGCCCUUAGUCCAGAAGAGAUUGCUAGUCGUUUGGAAAGAACGAGAAGAGAGUUUUAUAAUCGGCGAAAAAUAAUUAUCAAGAACCUCCCAGCCGAUAUCAGCAAUCAGGAGGUGCACGAGCUGUUAAGCAGCUAUGAUUUGAAGUACUGCUUUGUGGACAAAUACAAAGGGACAGCCUUUGUGACGCUACUGAAUGGUGAGCAGGCCCAGUUUGCGAUUAAGGAAUUUCACCAAUAUGUUCUCCGUGACCGUGAGAUCUCUGUGCAGCUGCAGCCGACGGACGCUCUGCUGUGCAUCGCCAACCUUCCCAGGGCUUUCACCCAGCAACAGUUUGAGGAGCUCGUCCGGCCCUUCGGAAACAUUGAGCGCUGCUUCCUGGUGCACAGUGCCACCAUGGGCCACUCGAAGGGCUAUGGCUUUGUGGAGUACAUGAAGAAGGACUCUGCAGCCAGGGCAAAGUCAGAGCUGCUGGGGAAGCAGCUUGGGUCACGAAUGCUGUACGUACACUGGACAGAGGUUGGCUCGCUUACGUUUCCCAUGCUACACUCGCGCUGCCUCUGUGUGGACCGACUACCUCAAAACAUCCUCACCGCUCAGGAUCUCCGCAGUGUGCUGAUUGACACACACGCUCCCAUAUUUUGCCAGCUUGCUCAGGGUCAGGAUUGUAGUUUUCGGCGGUUUGCAGUGCUGGAGUUCUCGACACCUGAGAUGGCUGAGGAUGUGCAGCGGCUGAUGGAUGGGAGAGCUUUGGGUGGCACUCACAUACGUGUGUCUUUCUGUGCCCCAGGACCACCAGGAAGAAGCAUGCUGGCUGCUCUCAUCGCCGCCCAGACCAUGGCUUUGAACAGAGGGAAAGGUCUCCUUCCUGAACCCAAUGCCAUGCAGAUCCUAACUGGCCUCAAUAACCCUGCCACACUGAAGAUGCUGCUGGCGUCUUUCAACCCGGGGCAUAAACAAGGCCUGCUGGGAGCUGCACCCGCUGUACCUCUGCUGGCUAACCCUGCCCUCUCUGCUGCCCUCAUGCAGCUACUGCUCCAGAACCAAGUCCAACAGGCUGGACUGUUGAGUGAAAAUCCUCUGGCUGCUCUUCCUCUCCAACAAUGCAUUAACAUGUUGGGAGAGAUGUCUCAAGGCACUAUUGCUUCAACACUGGGCUUACAGAGUGAAACUCUUGGCCCCAUCAAACAACCAUCCCUCAGCCGACCUCUUGGGAGAGAGAACGAGACCCCAGCUACCACGAUCGGCUUUCCCCCAGCAGCCUCCCCUGCACUGCAGGGACUGAAUUUGCCCCUCCUGAGUGGGAUGUUGGGAGCAGAUGGGCCGACUCUACCAGGGGCAUCUAUAUUGAGCGAACCUCCCAAAGAAGUUGGUGUAUCCCAGAACCCUUUUCUCAGUGCUUCUAGCUUAUUCGCAUCUUCAGGUUCCAGCACAAGAGCUCACCCCUACAGGAAGAGAACAGCGCUUGGCAACACGUCUAACCAACGUGCAAACCACAGCAUCCACUCGAACUACAGCCAGCACUUCCAGGAGUCUUGCACAUCAGAGUUUCCUCUGCACCAGGACCCCUUGUCUCAUUUGUAUGAGCAGCAGGAGGUUCUGGAAAAUGCAGCACUUCCCAGCUACGGUUUGCAGCCUGUCCCAGAAAGUUUAAUAAGUGCUUUUGUGUUUCUUCAGGCUGUUGGAAUGCCUCCAGUGACUCAUUCCAGCUUAUUUUCUGCUGCACCUGGUGCUGGUAUGAAGACUCCCGUCAGUGGGCAGAAGCGUCUGUUCUCCUGUCUCAUCCCGUCUCCAGAGCCCAGUCCAGAGGGUGGAUAUGUAGGUCAGCACUCUCAGGGUCUCGGCGGGCACUACGCUGACUCCUACCUGAAACGCAAGUGCAUCUUUUGACCGGCACUCGAUGGCUUCCUCUAAACCAACAGCUCUCUAAAGGGAUCGCUACUUUAAUAGCAUCUCUAAGUGUGUUUUUGUGUGUGAGGGUGAAAGAGCAAUGAACCGUCAUUGAGUUCACACCAGUGAAAGGACCCUGAAGCUCAGAUGAUUUGAAGUUUGUGUAUAUGAUUUCAAUGUGUAUGUAAAUAGUUUUAUUUUUAUUUUGCCUUUUUUAAUUUUUUUAAUUUAAAUUCUUUUUUUAAACCCAAAGAUGCAAGAGACACCACAAUGAAAGAAAAUGGUUUCCUGCCAUGUUCAUCUGAGUAGUUCUAUUUUGUAGAUUUUUUUUUUUUGUUUGUUUUUCAUUUUAAUUUGAAUCAUUUAAGCAGGACGAUAGCCUUUUUCUGCUGUGCUUCGUUAGUCGUGUGUAUAUAGUUAUUCAGUUGUCCAGAAAGGCUCCUCCGCUACAAACGCUUCCUCUCACGUACAAGUGCCAAGCCUUACAUGCUUGAAAAUCAUGUAUCUGUGCAACGGAUACAGUAGAUGUCUUUUUUCUUCAGUGAGUCACAUGUCUUGUCUUUAUGGGAAGCUCUGAUGCUGGGUUAGUGUUCGAAUUAGCUCAAUGUUUUUUUUUCUCCCACCACCACGUAUGUGUUGCACAACUUCCCAACUUUACAUCCCAUUUUUACAGAGUCAGGGUUUUCUGAGCUGAUUUUUCAGCGUUGCACUUGGAGGAUACGGAUCAUGUAUAUUCAUCCUCCUGAAUCUGUCCUUUACGCACCAGUCUCGUUCACGCUCGUUCUUGUUUUCUGCCUGCUUUCACGCCUCUCUUUGACCUCGUUCAACCUGCACAGUUUUGCUGUUGCAAAGCGUUAGCGUCUCUGCCGUCACGUUGUGAAGCCCCAGCUGGUCGGAGAUGGAGUAUGGGCUGCCGUUUUCCCCUCAUCAGGCUCAGAGUACUGCUGAAAGCACAGUAUGCCUGCUGUCGCUUCUGUAUUUCCGCACACACUAACUCCUCGCGUCUUCCGUAUGGUGCCUUUCCUCUGCAGACCAGCAGAGGGAGCCAGUUAGAAUUUUAGUUGGCACUGCUCCAUUUUUUUUCCCCUUUUCUUUUAAAAACCAGAGCCAACAGUCUGAAGCAGGCUGGACCUGUGCCUUAGCGUGUCAUUUACUUUUACCGUUGUAACUGUGACUACCUUUUCCCCUCUGGUUUGAACUGCUGCGCCCCCAGAGGGGAAGAAGCUUCUACAGACUGGAAUGUAAUUGACGUAUGAUUUGAGUACUUGGUCUGUGUGUGUGUGAUUUAUUAAUCUGGUUGGCAUUUUGAUUUGUGAUAACGCAUUACCUCGGACUUGUACCGUGGCUUACGAUGGAACCUGGAGUUACUCGUGUGCCUAAAAACGGCAGUGUUUACUGUAAUCUCUCCGCACUGUGAGCCUCAACUUCAUUCAAGUUUGUUUAUUUGCGGUGUACAUGCUUGAGUUUGAUUAUAUUUCUUCUCUGGAGUCUCGAACUCGUGUUCUUAUAUUUCUUCUAGUCUGUAAUGGUAUCAAAUAUGCUGCUCUGUAUUUUGUAUCCAUCUGAGUGAAAAUGCACAGUGCAGUAUCUUGUAAAUGA